CCUUUAUUAUUCCUGCUCAGGUACUUUAAUAUAGGUUAAUAUGGAAAGUUGUCAUAACACUGAGAGAGAUAUUGACAAACUCCUUGCAAAAUUUGAAUCUUAUAAAAGUCAAUAUGAUUCAAAUUUAACACAAUUAGAGGACCAAAUUGGAAAACUUAAAGAAGAAAUUAAUCAGCUACCAGCAGAUCAUGUAAUUGAUAAACACCACCAAGCAGUAUUGGGACAAUAUAACAAAAAAAUCAAAAACUGUGGCCAAAAACUCUCUGGACAGCACAAAGAUUUGCAUAGCAGUGUAUCAAGAAUUGGUAAAACCAUUGAUAGAAAUUUUGAUGCUGAUUGUAGUUCUGUCAUUCCGGGUUCUUUCUGCCACAAUGCCAAGCAAGAAAAACUCCUCAACACAGCUGUAUGUGAACAUUACUUUCGCCAAGGUCAGCUAUCAUUGGCCGAAGAUAUAAGUGAAGAAGCUCGUUUAGAUAUAGAUGACAGUUGGAAACAACCAUUUGUGCAAAUCAACGAAGUUCUACAAAGUUUACGAAAUCAUGAUUUGGACCUUGCCCUAGAAUGGACAGCGAAAAACCAUCACGAGUUGCAACAAAAGGGUAGUAGUCUCGAGUUCAUGCUUCAUCGAAUGCAAUUCAUAAACAUUAUGAGAAAAGGGCCACAUGCACAAACUGAAGCACUUCGGUAUUCCCGAAAAUUUCAAGCAUUUGCUGAUGGACAUAGCAAGGAAAUUCAGAUGCUAAUGGGCAGUUUCUUGUACAUGAAACACGGCCUUGCGAACUCCCCGUAUUCAUCGUUGCUGGAUGAGCAAAAUUGGGAUGAAAUAUGUGACAUGUUCAUGAGAGACUCUUGCUCUAUUUUAGGUUUAUCUUUGGACAGCCCAUUAUUAGCCAGCUUCACUGCAGGGUGCACAGCUUUACCAGCGCUUAUAGCAAUUAAAUCUGUCAUAGAACAGCGACAGUGUUCAGGUGUAUUGACUGACAAAGAUGAACUACCAAUAGAUAUAGAUCUUGCUCAUGACCAACAUUACCAUUCCAUAUUCGCUUGCCCAAUUCUGAGACAGCAAACCACAGAAAACAAUCCUCCAAUGAGGUUAACAUGUGGGCAUAUUAUAUCUAGAGAUGCUCUGAAUAAAUUAAUUGCCGGCUCGAAAGUGAAAUGCCCAUACUGCCCUAUGAUACAGUCUCCUGUUGAUGCCAAGCGAGUGUAUUUUUAGCAGGACAAAAUGCUGAUUUUCUGUUCUGCGCAUUGAAAACCUAUUUCCCAUACUAAAGCAUUCUGAAUGCAACGAGUUAUGGCAUAUGGGUUACUAUAUAAAUUGUGCAUUUAAGUGAAGUUACAACACAUUAUACAGUAUUUUUUAUGUUGUAGUAGAUUGUAAUAAAAUAGAUUAGUUGCCAUAUCUGCUGGAAUGAGUUAUGUAAUGUCUCGAUAUGGGUAUAUUAGUUUUUGUCAGUAUGUGUAUUUUAUUUAUUGUUGUUAUAUGUCUAAUAUUUUGUUUUUUUUAUUCCAUGUUUAUUAAUAUGAUACAAUAAAUCACAACAAGCACCGGU